CGCUGGACGCGGGGCUGCGCUCCUCGCGUGCGCUCCUGGGCGCUCGCCGCCGCCACCGCCACCGCGCCUUGAGUCAGCAAACUCCGCCGUGCUCCGGGCCGGGCGUCCAGGACCGCGCGCGUAUUUUGUCUGCAUGUAUAUCUGUCUACCACAUGUGUGCCUGUUUCCUUUGGAGGCCAGAAGAAGGGGUUGGAUCCCCUGGAACUGGAGUUACAGACAGUUAUGAACCACCACAUGGGUGCUGGUAAUUGAACCUGGGUCUGUUGGAUCUUUACAGCAGAUCCAUGAAGGGCACAGUUGGCUCGAUUUAACAGGUUGAUUGUGUCCUGUGCUGAAGAUGUUCCCAGAACAGCAGAAAGAGGAGUUCGUGAGUGUCUGGGUCCGAGACCCCAGGAUUCAGAAGGAGGACUUUUGGCACUCUUACAUCGACUAUGAGAUAUGCAUUCACACGAAUAGCAUGUGUUUUACAAUGAAAACAUCUUGUGUAAGAAGAAGGUAUAGAGAGUUCGUGUGGCUGAGGCAAAGACUCCAAAGCAACGCAUUGCUGGUACAAUUACCAGAACUUCCAUCUAAAAACCUAUUUUUCAACAUGAAUAAUCGCCAGCAUGUCGACCAGCGCCGCCAGGGCUUGGAAGAUUUCCUCAGAAAAGUCCUGCAGAAUGCACUCUUGCUUUCCGACAGCAGCCUCCACCUCUUCCUGCAGAGCCAUCUGAGCUCCGAGGACAUUGAAGCAUGUGUUUCUGGGCAGACCAAGUACUCAGUGGAAGAAGCCAUUCACAAGUUCGCCUUGAUGAACAGACGGUUCCCCGAAGAAGAUGAAGAAGGGAAGAAAGACACCGACGUGGAGUAUGAUUCAGAGAGUUCAUCCUCUGGGCUUGGACACAGUAGUGAUGACAGCAGUGGAUGUAAACCGAGCCCAGCUCUGCAGGAGUCCUGAGAAGGAAUUCUAGGGCUUAGGAACGGGACUGUGCCCAGCCAGAAGGAAUGCUUGCUUGUAAUAGAUUCUUACCCAGCGCCACUGUCAGCAUCCUAGGUAGUGAAAUUCUUAAAGUGGUGGGUUAUUAUUAUUAGUUUUAUGUUGUCCGACUCUAGCCGAGCUUCUGGGUGAAGCUAUAAGGUCUGUGAAUGCCAUGUGACCCUUUAUUGCUAUCCAAUACUUGUAAAUAUGAUCCUGCUCUCCAGUGAAAGGAGUUAUGCUAUGUAUACACAGUUGCUCUUAACUGAAUUGUGAAGAGCUAGGUGCGUUAGCAGCAUUUAGAGCCAGACAGGGCAUCCUUGGCGUAUCAGUGAGAAGUUGCUGUAAACAGUGUGGGACUGGAGCCAGAGCAUGGAGUCGUGGCGCAGCAGACUGCCUGCCGCUCUGACACGUGGCUCUGGUUUGUGGGGACUUCUCUGGAAAAUACUUUGCCUUCAGGUAUUUGAUUGAAAUAUUUAAGAGUAUUUAAGCUUUCCAGUAUACUGUAUCAUGUGUAAAUGGAAAAUGUGUCUCACAAAUAGAGAUGUACUAAAAAAAAAAAUUUACAUCUUAGGAGGGAAAAAACAAGUCUUUGUAAUUUUGCUUAAAUUUGCCAUACACAGAUAUAGAAAUACAUUCUCACCGUCCGAAAUCAGUGUAAGCACGGCUUCUGGCGACAAGUCAUUCUUUUACCAUUGUGCAAUUAGGAACGUAGCUUAUGAUUUAUUUUCUGUCAUUUAAAAAAAAUGUACAUUAAAAAAAAGUCACCAGGUAACUUCUGUUGGGGGUGGCUCCUUGCUGUUCAUUUCUUCAGUUAGAAGAAGGUUUUUAUAAGAGUUAAUUUUACUCAUAAAUAUUUCAGUAAUUUGGGAGUGGAACUUGGGUUACUCAAGUCAGAGCUCAUGUUCGAGAAGUGAAGCCCUUUCUUCUUAGGUGUCUCCCAGAAGAUUGGCUUAAUUUGAAUAAAAUAACUUUUUUUUUUUUUAAA